ACCCAAAUCAAUUUGUAGGGUUUAGGGUUUACUCCAAAUCACAAGUCACAACCAAAACCCUCGAUCUUUCUCUGACGCCGGAAAACCAAAAUGGGGAAGAAGCGAAAACACGUUGAAGUAGAGGCACCGGCGGCGAAGAAAGACGAAACGGCGCCGGAGAGACCUAAACGGACUCUGUUAGGGUGGAAAGAUAAGCCGGAAAACCAACAAGAAUCCACAGGUUUUAGAAACAGAGAGAAGGUUCUAGUCACAUGCUCUCGUCGCAUCAAUUACAGGUAUCGGCAUUUGAUGUUGAAUUUGGUAUCGGUUUUGCCUCACUGCAAAAAGGAUAAUAAGGUUGAGUCUAAGGCUACUAAAGGAGCCACUUUGAAUGAGCUUGUUGAACUUAAAAGCUGUUCUUCCUGUUUGUUCUUUGAGUGCAGGAAACAUAAAGACCUUUACUUGUGGAUGUCCAAGUGCCCAAAUGGUCCAUCUGUAAAGUUUUUAGUGAAUGCAGUUCACACAAUGGAAGAGUUAAAGCUCACGGGAAAUCAUCUUAAAGGUUCUCGUCCCCUUCUCACAUUUUCGUCAAAUUUCGAUAAAGAUCCACACUGGAAACUUUUGAAAGAAAUGAUCACGCAGAUAUUUGGAACUCCAAAGGAACACAGGAAAUCAAAGCCCUAUCAUGAUCAUGUAUUUGUGUUCUCAAUUGUCGAUGACCACAUUUGGUUCCGUAAUUACCAGAUAUCAUGCCCUCAUACUGGAGCAGAUAAAAUUGACCGAGGAGGCCUGGAAAAGAUGACCCUUAUUGAGGUUGGUCCAAGAUUUUGUUUAAAUCCGAUAAAGAUAUUUGGCGGUAGCUUUGGGGGUCCAACGCUGUAUGAGAAUCCAUUUUAUGUUUCGCCAAAUCAGAUACGGUCGUUGGAGAAGAGACAGAAGGCUGGAAAGUAUGCAAAGAAGGUUAAAGCCAAAACAAGAAGAAAAAUGCAUGAGAUGACAAAUCCCCUGGAGACUGAUGAGUUUGCAGACAUGUGGAAGGAAUGAUCCAUCUGUAGCCGAUCUGACCCGCUUGAUCUGUGUGUCGACAUGUCAUUUCUUUCUUCAUCGAGAGUUAAGUUUUUAUAUAUAUGGUUUCAGGAUCGGUCAUGUGUCUCUCUAACCGUCAAAUGUGAUGGUGAAUUUUGAUUAAAAAAUUGUCUAUUUUGUUUUUUUUGUUGCUUUUAUGUUGUAAUGCUUCUAUAUUUACCUAAUGGAUCACCAACAUUUAGAGAAUGCAAAAAUUUGAUUGAUGUGAU